GGGGAAGAAAAGUGGUCGCCCAUUAUCAUCUCAUCUGUAGAAACCAAGCCCAAGCUUAACUAAUGUCAAUUGGGCCCAAGUCGUAGGAAGAGGGCUUAAGCCAUCCUUACCUGUGUUUCGUGGUUCUUCCGUGCCCCCGCGUGCCCUUUCCCUCUUCCUCUCUCUACUUGCGACGACUGGGCGACCGCCGCCGCCGCCGCCGCCCUACGACAGGUGCUCAGGUCUUCUUCGGGGCCUUCGCCGGUGAUAAGCACCCAACAAAUCAUUUUAUCCGAUACAAGCAUUGAAGAGAGUAAUAUUGCAAGCAUGUCUUCACAUAUCGUGGACUCGUCUCAGGAUGAGGUGAAGAAAUGGGCAAAAUUUUGCAGCGAUUUUACUGCGAGUGAUGGAAAACAGCAUGCAUUGCUUGAUAAUCUGAAUAAGGAUUUGUCCCAGAAGUCUGUAAUACUGGGUGAUGGUUUAAAACUAUCGGCUGCUGAUAAUGAUGUGUUUGCAACUGUUCAUCCUUUUGUGAUUCGUGUUAGUGACAGCGAGUUGCAGAAAUAUACACAUGUAUUGCGGUGGAUGGACUACAUUCAGAACACUGUUGGUUCUGGUACAACUUUGCAAAAGAUAAAUGUGGUCAAGUCUGUCUUUGAUCCACCUUCUCAUCCAAAGAAAGCUGAUAAAGGAGAUGCUGAAUCAAGUUCGAAGAAAGCCAUUUCCGGACAGAAGACUGCUGACAAGUCAAAUGGAAGUGCUGACUCAAAGAAACCUGCAGGGGAGACUAAGCCUCCUGAAAAUAAGGAGAAUCCUACUGCUGCGGGGAACAACAAAACCUCUGGAGAGAAAAAGAAAGAUAAAGAGAAGUCAGCAGGAAAAACAGCAGAGAAAGCUCCAGAGAAAGUUGCAGACAAGGAAUCAGAGUGCAAUAUCAGUAUCCUGAAUAUACAGGUUGGCCUUAUCCGCAAAGCAUGGAAGCACCCAUCUGCUGACAGCCUUUUGGUUGAGGAGAUAGAUUUGGGAGAUGGUAAUGUGCGUCAAGUUGUUAGUGGUCUUGCGAAGUACUGCAGCCCAGAUGAUCUAACUAAUCGGCAUGUUGUCUUGAUCACGAAUGUGAAGCCUGGGAAGCUGCGGGAUGUUAUGUCUGCUGGAUUGGUCUUGUGUGCUUCAACUGAAGAUCAUACUGCUGUGGAGCCUUUGAUUCCUCCCGAAGGAGCCAAGAUUGGAGAACGCAUUUCAUUUGCUGGGUUUGAUGGGAAGCCUGAAGAUGUUCUAAAUCCAAAGAAAAAGCAGCUGGACAAGAUUACUCCGCAUCUUCGUACUGAUGAGAAUGGAAUUGCAACAUUCAAAGGUGUACCCUUUACUACAUCAGCUGGCCCAUGUAGAUCUUCGAUUCGCAACGGAAAUGUUAAGUGAGCAGCUCAUUAGACAUGGUUGCAUAGAUUGACGUCAAACUCAUGUAGGGUGUCUGUACCAUUUUGUCAUACAUCAUGUUUGGUGUUGCUAAAUUUGAACAGAGUCACACUAUCUAUAAGCAAUUUUCUACUAAUGGUUGGGCCCAAAGUUUUUUUGAGUAUACUAUCACACACAAAUCAAA